CGAGGAACCCGUUCAAACAAGCGCGUGAGAAGGGAAAGGGACAAAGUCGAGGGCCGCUCUCUCGCGUAGACCUCCGCCAGAGACCCGGCCCGAUCGUGGGGGUGAGAAACGAGGGCGUAUAUAGCCGUGCGUGGCUCUCUGGCCGAUCUCCGUCCACGCGUCCGUGUGUGUAUACGUGUUUGCGCGUGUAUGCGUGGUUCUCUACAUGUGCGAGAACUGCCGAGGGUAGUAGUGGUGGUAGCGGUAGUGGUGGUGGAGAGAAGGAAGAGGGCAAUCGCGUCGUCGGAUACAUACGCGCCGUGAGAUACGCCUCGAACGUUUUCCACCGCCGCUGCACGGUGGAAACGAACACUUUAGGGUGAAAGACGGGUCGUUGAGUGGGACAGAGACGAACAGGGAGGGGAGGAGGGGUUGAGGGAGAGAGGGGAAGGGAACGAAGAGAGACGACAGCGGAAGGAAGAGAGAGGCUGGAAGGAAGCAGAGUGUUUCUCUGUGUGCGUGAGUGUGUGUAUGUGUGCGUGUGUGCGUGUGCGAAAGUGCAGAGCGUAAAAAGUGUCCCGUGCCUCGGGCUGACGAAACGCUGUGCGGUGGCUACUACGUAGUGUAACCACCCUUGGCCUACACCCCCAUCCUCGAAAGAAACUCGAAAGAACUCGAUCGCCCCCUCCUGUUUUCUCCCUUUUUCUUUUUCUUUUUCUUUUUCUUUUUCUUUUCUUUUUUCCUCACACCUUCGUUUCCUCCUCGUCCCCUCGGCUCGUCCACAUUGACUCUCCCGCGAGUGGGACGUUAUCUCGUGGGGGUCUUCUCGAGUGUCUGUUUUCCGUCUAGUUUCGCACGAGCGGUAUCAAUGAACAGAACACGCGUGCAAGGGUUCAGUGACAUCGUUGGUCGAGUCGCCCGUUAGCCGCCAAUCGAUUCGACCGGUCGAACAAACUUAUCGCGGAUCAUCGGGGAGAGAGGGAAUUCGGAUUCGAAAGGGAAUUCGUUCCGGUUUAUAUUCCGUGGUGUGAAACGAGGAGGAUCCUCGAGAGGUUGGAACGUUAGCAGGUUAGCUGGUCGGUAUCCAACGUGACAGCGCCGUGGGCUCGUCUCUCCCUCUGGUCUCGACUUCUGCCAAUCAAUAACCAGCGCGCACCGACUCUCUUUCUCUCUCUCUCUCCUCUCUCUCUGUCUGCCUUCCUCUCCCUCCUCUCUCUCUCUCUCUCUCGCUAAUUCUAUCCGUUUCCCUCGUUCUCUCCGUGUAACCCAGUCCUUUGGUUCGUCCGAGACGAGACGAAACGAAACGAUCAGCCCGAUUCGUACGCGGCUCCUCUAGAAAACAACGCGUGGUUAUCAUCAUCAUUAUUAUUAUUAUUAUUUUAUUGAGAGAACGGUGAGUGCGUUCGGGCGAUGCCUUCCCGUUUCCCUCUUCCGUCCGAUUCUCGCCGUCGUCCCUCCCUCCCCCCGCGCACGUUAUCCCGCCUCUCUUCUCCCCUCGCUUCCGCUCGUUGCUCCUAGCUUCCGCCGCCCUUUGAGCGGCCGGCACGGACCAGGCUCUUGGAGGCUUUCACCGCGCGGCUUUAACCCUCUCCUCUCCGUUUGGACGUCGGGUGCCGCGAACGGGGACACGGUGAUCGAGCAACAGAGGCACAGAGCGCACGGGGAUCCGUGGAAGAGCGAGAGUGGCGGCGGCUGCGGCGGCGGCGGCGGCGGUGGUGGCGGCGGCGUCGUCGUCGUGUGACGAGAACCGGCGAGGCAGCGGCGUCGCGACGGGAACGGAGAGAGGACGGCAGGCAGAGGCGGCGGCGGUGGCGCUCUUCUAGCUGCUGGCCGCGCCAGCGCCCUGCACGCAGCCACCUUCAAACGCAGCCACGAAACCUAUUUAUACUCCGUCAACGUAGCGGACGACGUAGCGAGAACAGCGCCGUGUUCUGGCCGCCCACGCGAGCAACAGCCCGAACGUACCUCGCGCCGCGACCACGAACCACGUCCACCGAUAGAAAGAGGCGACGAGCGGCUCAGAGCGCGACCAGCGGUGAACACUCGCUCACCUCAUCCUUGCCUCUCUUUACGUGUUGCUGGCCUCGCCUCCCAAUAAUCGCCAUAACUCCUCGUCGGAUCGUGGCCGUAACUGGGAGGAGGAACUGACUGACCCGGGGAAUAACGGAAAGCUCGUUCAUCCAUCCCGUGUAUAUACACCCAUCGACGUAUAUAUAUAUAUAUACAUAUAUAAUAUCGCUCUCCGACGAAACUUUCUCCAUCGAACCAACGACGACUUGGAAAAGAAGAGAGACGUUGGCCUGGUUCACGCGCAGAGGAAGAGAAAGAGAGAGAGAGAGAGGAAGAGAGAGGAAGAGGUUCGUCGAUGGACAGGAACGAAAUCCUCAUGGGACAGGAUCAAGUUAAGCGGAGGCUGGCUAGCGGCUCGACCGCCACAGCCCACCCAUAGGGGACGCCAUUGAGAGUCUAUCUUUUCCCUCGGCGUGUGAUCGACCGUCGCGCAUCCGCCUUCCCUUCUCGCGUCGUGUGCCGAGCCGAUCUGCGCGCUCCGCGGCUACCACCUCCGCGGCGGUUGCUGCUCUCCACCUCGGUCGGCGGAGCUGCUCCGCUCGCUGGAUGGGGUUGGGUGUCGUCGUCGUCGUGGUGUCGUUGAACGUGGUGUCCCAUCCACGGUGGUGAUCGAGUUUCGAGAAAAGGUGGACGAGAGAAGGUGUGGGGAGGGGGCUACAAAAUCUUCUCCUUUUGAGGAGGUUUCUCGCGCGGCUGGACGGGGCCAGCGGGCGGGAAAUGGCCGGCGGUGGUGUACUGUUAUAAUGCUCGAGGACGAUCCGGUGGGUGGACCGAGGCGCGCCGAUUCGAGCGAUCGUUGUUGCUCAAGCACCGUUCAGGCCACCACCACCACCACCACCACCACCACCACCACUACCACCACCAGCACAACCACCAUCACCACCACCAUCGUCUUCGCCGAGGACAUCCUCGAGGGCAUCGUCUCUGAAGGGAACGGACGCGAGGAGGAAGAGACUGCGAAGAGGAGUAUCUCGAGGGGGCGGCUGUUGUAGCCCCUCGAGCAUAAUUCGGCCCCAGUCGAGUGCGUGUAUGGUGUUGCGCGCGUAUGUGUCCGUCCGUGAGUGCGUGCGAGGAAGAGUGAAAAGCGAAGAGGGGUAGGGGCGAGAGUGGGCAGGGGGGGAGAGUGAUAACAUAAUAAUCGACGACGAGGGGCCGUGAGGAGCGUGGUGGGAGCAUGCAGGGUUCGGGCGAGGCCCGGAGAGGCCUUAGUCCCGCGGGUGGACCGGGAUAAGGGUAACACGGUCGAUUACCACGCGUCUCGCCUCCUUCGGGGCGAAGCCAGCCGAAGAGGAGAGGACCACGGUCGGAUUAACGCGUGCUUUGGUCGCGGCCUCGGCCGAGCGAACGUCCCUAAGGUUGAGAUCGCAGGAACGCGGGAAGCGAGCUGGACUCGCUUUCGGGCGCAUGGAACAUGAUAGAGAUGUCGAGCGGAAUCGGUGCAACUGCAAUGGGGAUCGGCGUUAGCCACGGGACAGGGGGUGGCGAGGGUGUCCCCGGUGGGUGCAGGUUGCGCGCCCAGAGCCAAGGCCAGGCGAGCUGUUCCUCGGCCAACUCGCAGCAAUCCUCGCAGCAGCAGCAGCAGCAGCAGCAACAACAACAACAACAGCAGCAGCCGCCACCCUCGUCGCAGCAGCCGCAGCAGCAACAGCAACGCCAGCCCUCGGGGAUCAUGGGCCGAUCGAAGAAGGAAAACUGUUGUUGGUGGUGCUGUUGUUGUAGUUGCUCGUGUUUGGAGGCGGUUGGCGGAAGCACAGGGGGCGCAGGAGGCGCGGGCGAUCAGGGGAAGAAGAAGGGGAACGCGGGCGUCGGGGAGCACGGUUUUGGAAGCGAGUUGUGCGACGCGGGUAACGGUAUCGAGGGCCUCGACACGGAGUGCAGCCUCGAGGAGAUCAGGUCGUGGGGCUCGUCCUUCGACAAGCUGAUGAAGAGCCAGGCGGGCCGCAAGUUCUUCAGGGAGUUCCUCCUCAGCGAGUACAGCGAUGAGAAUAUAGCGUUCUGGCUCGCCUGCGAGCAGCUCAAACGCGAGAGCAAUUCCGAGAAGAUCGAGGAGAACGCGAGAUACAUUUACGACCGUUACAUAUCCACAGUCUCGGAGAAAGAGGUGAGCCUGGACUCGCGGGUGCGCGAAAUAGUGAACCGCAACAUGGUGCAACCGACGCCGCACACCUUCGACGAGGCCCAACUGCAGAUCUACACCCUGAUGCAUCGGGACUCGUAUCCCCGUUUCGUGAACAGCGAAUUGUAUCGGCGGGUGGCGAGGCUAGGGUGUAGUGGGGGGGCGGGCAAUCAGGAACAGGGGAAGUCGAAGGCGAGGAAGGGCACCACGUAAUCGUGCGACGACUAAAAAGAAAAAAACAAAAAAAAACAAAGACGAUGGGGUGGCAGCGGACCAACAGCCUCCGUCUCCCAGCGGGUGACCCGGGCCGACAUCGGGGACGCCGCGACGCUGUCAGCGCUGGCCGAUGACGAUGAAAGCCGGGGGGGGAGGGGACAUCGGCGCCGAAGGAUCGAGGAGGAACGACUCUGGGUGUCUCUCGGUGUCUCUGAGGCGUCGAACCCCUUCCCUCCCCCGAAUCUCGUGUAAACGAAACGAGAAAGAAAAGAAAAGAAAAGGGGGGAAAAGAAGAGGAAGAGGAUGAAGAAGGAGAAGAAGAAGAAGAAGAAAGAAGAAAGAGGAUACGCAUCGUGAAGAUCUCGAUCGUAGAGAUCUUUCGAACGAGCCCUCCCUUGAAAUGUUUUUGGGAGGAUCGAAGGAAGGCCAGAGGGGGAGAAGAAAAGCUUCUCGAAAGCGAAACGCUCGCGACUCGCUCUUCCACGCGACGCCACAUCGGGGCCAACGUGCACGAACUUGACGAUGGACUGAAUAAUAAAAAAAAAAAGAAAAUAAGUAAAUAAAUAAAAAUGAAUAAAUAAAUAAAUAUAAAAAAGUAACUAGACAGAAACGAAGAAGAACGAAAUGAGAGAAAAGAAAAAGGAAGGAGAAGAAGGAGGAAGAGGAGGAGGAGGAGGAGGAGGAACGAGGAGGAAAAGAAGAAUGGAUCGCGUAGGAUCGUCGCGUUAGAUCCAUUGAUUCUCUCUUCCUUUCUGCACAAUGUGGUGACAACGUAUACACACAUGUACACACACGCGCACACGUAUACACACGCACGCUCGUUCACGCGUGGCACACGAGAAUAUAGAUCGAGGAAUCGAAACAUGUUACACACAUACGCAUAUACACGCGGGUCGGUCGGGGAUGACGUUCAUCUUUCAAGGAAGUUCCUAAGUUCUUCAUCAGUCUUUCGCGACUGAUCGUCGCCGAUUAUCUCUUUCUCUCUUUCUCUCCCUCAUACACUCAAUCCCUCUCUCCCUCUCGCUCGAUAACGAAUCAAUCGUGUCUUCUCUGUCUCUCCCCUCGCUCGAGCUUUCUCCUUUCUCUCUCUUUCUCUCUCUAUCUCUCUUUGUUUCUCUUCGCUUCACACCCCUUCUCUCUUUCUCGCUCUGCUCUACACCUUUCAUGGGUAUUAAAGGAAAGAUCUCGAGCGUGAGAUCUGGGAGACAUUCGUUUAGAUCGAAUCGUGUAAAGUUUUCGGGUCACGAUGGGGAAAUUUUUAGAUUUCAUUUAAAAUAAGAACACUUCUUCCUUGUUUUCUUAACCCUUCGACUCGACAAGAAAAAUCUGCGCGAAUGUAAUUUUAAAUUUUAUAAUUCGAGUUUGAAAAUUUCUUGCCACGCGAAAUGUACAUCGUGACCCGAAUUCUCGCAGCAUAGGGGGCGCUGUACGUUUCGAGAAAGGCGGGGAAAAAAAGAAAACGAAAAUCUAUGGAAGCAAUAAUCAACGAUUCGUAACGAUCGAUUAUUGUACGUUCAAAAUCUGGAAACGAGGAACGACACGAGAAAGUAUUCGCAACGUAGUAUUCCACAACCAGACUCUCUGCGAAAAAUACUACCUCUUUUCUCUUUCCAACGUCGAAAAUGGAUCUCUGAAAAUGGAGGCAGAGAUCGUAUUUUCCGGAGGGAAAGGAGUAACGCGUUUAUUUCAGCUGGUCUUAUUCGUAACGUGACAAGGGAAUGUACAGUAACGCGGACGAUUCAUUCGUUUCGUCACAAUCGAGAUUUCUGAAACGGGACCACGAAACAGAUUGAAUUAAAUUUAUUAACGAGUGAAUCGUAGAAGAUGGCCUCGUUCGUGGAAUACUCGUUCGUGAUACGUUGUUCGAGAAAUAGAUGAUAGCCUGAAAAAUGUGUCGUUUGUGUUUAAAACGUGAGCUCGGCGAAAUAUCGAAGGUUGUUAAAGCAUAUUUCAAUUAUGGAGGCGUUGUGAAGUAUUUUAUUACCAUCGCAAUAGCGUCAUAAUAGGACAUAAAACGUAAGCAGGUUCACAAAUUUGUUUGUCAAAUCGAUGUACUAGACCUUGAAUCGCUAAUGCAUUCUACAUCCUCGACACCAAUUCUCCGAAUAUUCUUCCUCGUUUUUUUAUCGAUGUUUCUUUAAAUACAUCACGUUGCAUUAGCGAUUCGAGAUCGAUCCAGACGGGUACGCGCCUCGACAAUCCAAUUAACAACGGAAAUUCAAUUAAUUCGACCUCUCGCGCUCCGACGUCCCAUUAAUUUUCUCCGCUUUACACACUCGAACGUGAAAUCUUCGAUAAGCGGACAGUGAAUAUGUAAAAAAUCUCUUAGAUCUUCGUACGCAAGGGUUUGUAGAUCGCACAUCGUUAUGCUCAAAACUCAGCCAAAGAUCAACCAAAUCGACCGCCAUUUAUUACGAUCGAUCGAUCCACGCAUCACGUACGAGUGGAAAAUAUCUUUAUAUUUCUCUCUGGUUGUGUAAAAAAGAAAAAAAAAGAUGCGAGGAAAGUGGAUAAGAUAGGGAUUCUCGACGAUCUUCCUAGAUGCGAAUCACCGUUUUUAAUUUCUAUUUCGCGUGGAUCAUUCGCCAAGAUGGCCGCCAUCCCAAUAAAACGAAGGAGCUCGUCGUCCCCAAAACAGCGUGCACCAUGAGUUACUGCCAGCGAGAUAUACCACGAGUUAAACACGCCUCGAUUACCUCGACGACCAAGAAAAAAAAAGAAGAUGGAACGAGGAGAAAGAAGAAGAAAAAACGACGAACGGAAGGAGGAAAAGUGAGUCUAGUCAGUAUCGCUCGGAGACGAUGGCGUCGAUGAAAGAAAAAGGCCUAAGCGGGAAAGUUUUCGAUUCGGAAAACGCGAGUUCGUAUCAUUUGGAAUGCCGUUCGCCAUUUUGUCGAUGCACGCGCUGAAAACAAGAUGUCGCGCCACGUGACGUUUCUUUGAAUUCCAUUAAUCGCGAGGGAAUUCGAUUUCUUUCUUUGUAAAAAAUGAAUUUUAAUUUUCAAUAUGUAUCUCUUUCCUCUUUUUCUUUCUUUCUUUCUUUCUUUUUUUUUCUGUAAAAUAAUCGCACAAAGAAGAUCGAGCGUGUCGCGACAUCUAUGUUCUUAAGGCGCGAAAGUUUAAGUUUCGUUAGAGACUCGUUCGACGGUGUAGACGAUCGAAAUUUUUUUUACACACUCGCAAUUCGUUAUUAUCGUGGUACUUAAUGCGGACGUUAAGAUUGUUAUUGCAUUUACACGGUCGAACGUAGGGGGAAAAAGUUGAUCUCAUCUCGACGGAUCUCACACAGCAGCGCGCUCGAAAUGGAGGAAAAUAUAAGACGGAGGAACGAGUGGAACUGCGAAGCGGAAACGAACCGAAUUUAAUGCGUGCCUCGCACGAGAGACACGCGCUCGAACACACGCACACGAACAGACACGUGACCAGGGUUCCACAUCUCUCGUGAACCGCACAAUUUUACCCAUUCAACGAGUAAAUAAAACCGAUGGACACCUGAACUGCAGUCACGUUCCUCUGUGUUCGCACUGUUUCAUCCCUGACCUUACGAAAAAAAAAAAGAAAAAAAAAGAAAACGCUUAAAAAAAAAAAAAGAAAAGAAAAGAAAAAAAAACAAUUAAAAAUCUGAGUCUACACUUCUUUAUCUCGAGACUUUUAUUUGAUACUACCAUUUUCUUCGUUCCACAAAUUUUUUUACAGCUCCUUCAACCCUACAAAAUAAGAUUGAAAUAUAUUACGUCCCUGGCCACGUGGCUGCGCCAUAAUAAGAAAAAAGAAAAAUCGCUCGAAAUUUUAUUCUUCGAUCGGCGACGCUUCUUCGGGAAAAGGCAAAUCGUCGCGAGUUGAUUGCAGAAGGAAAAAAAAAAAAAAAGAAAAGGGAAGAAACAAAGUAAAAAAAAAAAAAAAAGGAAAAGAAAGCGAUGAAAAAUAAUAUUAAAAUUCGCACAGUCAGUCACAGCGGUUGGCUACUGCCCUGUAGAUAAUAUUCUAGAUAGUAAACACGAUGACGGAGGUGGAGGAGGAUCAAACUAAUUAUACAUGCGAAUAUAUGAAUAUACAUGAUAUAUAUAUAUGAAUAUAAAAAAAAGGAAAGCAAAACAAAAAAAUAUAUAUAUAUAUUAUAAAUAUACGAAAUCACACAAAACGUACAUGUGCUACAUAUGCCCGGCAUCAUAAAUGAGGUGCAGGGUGCGAAUCACGCGGAGAGAAAGGGCGGGAGAGAGUGGGAGGGAGUGAGCGUUACGGUGAGAAAGAGAGACGAAAUAUCGAACGAUUUUUUUUUUUAUUCGUUAUUCCGUAUCCAGUUCCAUGCGAGAAGACAUCAUUCGCGAUCGAGCUUUAACUAAAGGAAACACUUUUCAACCCUCGUCUCGUUGCUUUCCACCCUCGUUCGAUCGAUCGAACGAAAAUAACGAAACCGAUCCCUCCUUGUCCCAUAAAAACUGUCGUUUUCUCAUCGAAAUUUUAUUUGACAAGAAAGAAAAAAUAAUUAUCGACACACUUUUCUUCCUUCUUUUUUUUUUUUAUAUACAUCUAUUAUAUACGAUCCAAUUUAUUAUUUUUUCCGUUCUAGUUGUAAAAGAAAUAUUAUUUACUUAAAUACUAAAAAAAAAAAAAGAAAAAAGAAAAAAAGAAGAACAAAUAGAGAUAGAAGAAGCAAUGAGAAAUAUAUAAUUAACGAAGACACUUUUAAAUAGGGGGGGAGGGGUAGAAAAGAAUGACGCGAGGGUUAGGUACGCGUGAAAAAUAUACGGGGGAAGGAACCGAUUUGAUCGAAAGGAAGUGAAUUUUAGGAUGAAAAUUGAUCGAGCGUCAUCUUCUCUAAUAAACGCACAAUUUUUCUGAACCUUCGAUCCCCUGCUUCUUACUUUCGGCAUCCCUUUUAUAAAACGAAGAAGGAGAAGAAGAAGAUGAUGAAAAAAAAAAAAAAAUCGUCGUUCGAUGCGAUUCGCGAUUCUUUUUGUAUCAUCCAUGAACGACAAUAUUUGUACACACACCCACGCGGAACCUUUUCGUUGCCGCACAAUGAUCAUAAAUUAUAAUUUUUCAUCGAUUCGAGAUAUCGAGUUGGGUACACACCUCUGAGUUUUUUACCCCGAACGUUUUCGCCUGGAACACACGAAGUUCUCCUCCCUGCUUUUUUCGGCUCGUCAAUUGGCGGAACAAACAACGGAACAAUAGGCAAUAAGAGAGGGAUGGAAAUGUGAGGGUUAAUAAACUGGUGAAAAUAUUGAA